UUGAAUGCAAGGGCGGGAAGAAGUUCCAAGAAUGGACCGACCGUCCUUGGAUGGUGGGGUUGGAGGAACGAUGAAGGCGGAAGCGACAGCCGUGGAGCUUCUAGCUCAGAUCAAGGAUGUGUUAACGUAUGAGGGCCAAACCACAAGUGAAAUGAAAUUUGAAUUACCAGCCCAGGUCUUGGCUGAGCAUGCAGUGAACACCAGGAAGACGCAGAAAUUGAUGUACACCCAACUGCAAGUGCUUAAAUUCCUUCUGGAUUUUCUUGACUCUGCCCCUUGCGUCCAGGAUGCCUCUGAUUCUGCUGUUCGAAAAGAAAUGGAAGAAGCCAAAAAGCAAUGGAAGGCCCUCAAAGCAGAUUACCAGCAACAGGUGGAGGCUAUCAAGGGGGCUGUGCCUCAGAUAUUAGCCAAACAGGAGGAAGUACGGAGCCGGGCUCUGCUUUUGGAGGAGGCUCUACAGCGCUACCAAGCGAAGAAAGAAGAAGUAGAGGAAAAAGCAAGGAGUGCCCAGAAGAGGCACCUGAAAGAACAGGAGCUCUUGAGAGAGCGGCAGCAGCAGCUAGAGAGGCAGGUUGCCGAACUGCAGGACAGGUUGCAGGAGCAGAGGAAGGAGUUGGAAUGCUUGCAAGGAGAGGUUGGGGAACAAGAGAGCCAAGCCAGGAUUUGGCGGGAGAAAAUGCAGAGAGUCUCUGAUUUCCGGGGCCUCUUGGAGACUUUGCAAGGUGUAAAGGUGAUCUGUGUCUCAGAGAAUGACAUGGAGGUGGAGCUGACUUCUCAUCCCCAGCCUGGGAUUUCUGUUCCUCAUUGCCUGAAGCUGCAUUUACACUGGGGAGAGGAUGGCAAUGUCACUUUGCAGAGUGACAGCCCCUCUUUCCUUCUCCCUGUUGUACUUCCCCUGGGUACCUGCAGCACCAUCAAAGGGGUCCUCUUGGAGUUGCAGCACAGCUACUCCCAUCAAGCACAGCUUCUGGCUGAAAUUGAGCUGCUGAAGAACUGUUUUGCAAUUGAUUGGCAGCCAGAGAAGAGACUGCUCAGUUACUUGAAGCCUUCAUCAACUUGCAGCCUCUAUGUGGAAUCAGGAUAUCCAACCAGUGGGCAGGUUCGCCUUCUCUCGAUAAAGACUCAACAUGGCACAACUGACGUGACUUCCUAUAAGCCCCCACAGGAAAAGCCUUCACUACAGAAUUGGUUGGUAUAUCUGAGCACCAUGGACUUCAAUACCCCUUUCCUGGCCUGAAAAGCUGCUCUUGCCUGUGUAUGUGUUACGUGGUGAGGAUCAAGGCCAACUUCUCUGGGUUAGGCCACCUUCUUGUAUCUUUGGAAGAAGAAGGAACUGGAAUUUAACUGGGACAGCUCUAUUGUGUGUGUGCAUGUGUGUGUGUUUGGGACCAUUUCAGCCUCUACUUCCCUCCCCUUUCACACUUGAUUGUCUUGAAUUGAGCUUCCAGUUCUCCUCUUUGGAUUCUCCUCUUUUCCUGUUACUCUUGCUACUCUUCCUGUUACUGUUAUGGCUGGAUGAGUGUUGCCCAUCUGUAGUCUGUGUCCAGUACUUAGCUUCUCCACAU